CCAAGAAUCUCAUGAUAUUUGAUAUACAGAUAGCGAGUGAGAAAGAGAGAUAGAUAGAUCCAGUUUGUUCUGACCCUCAUUUCGAAAUCAAGGAUCGCUUAAUGGGGAGCUGUUAUCUUCUGCAGCCUCCCCACUGUCCAUAUACCUUCUCAUCGUCGUCUCUUUAUUCAUCCCGUUCCAUUAUCUCGACUUCUUUCCCCAAAAAUGGAGGACAAAGAAGAAAGAAGCUAACCGAGAUCACUUGUCUGCAGCGUCGUGACCUUAAAGAUGAUGGAAUCAGUAAAAGAAAAGCUAUCUUGCUUAUGGGUAUUUCAAUUCUUCCAUUCUUGCAAUUCAAGGCUAAAGCUUCUGAAAACAUUCUAGCAGAAGAGGCGAAAACGGGUGAAGCUGCAGAAAAGCAAAUAACCCAGGGUGUUUCAUCACCAAAUGGAUUUGUUUCAUUUCUGAAUGGAAUUGGAAUAAUUGGUUCAGGAGUUCUUGGUGCACUCUAUGCAACUGCCAGAAAUGAAACUAGUGCAAUUGAAGCAACUGUUGAAUCUAUGAAAACGGAGUUGAAUGAGAAACAGGAAUCGAUUGUUACUCUGAAGAAGAACUUUGAGUCGAAGCUUCAAACUGAGAGAGAAGAAAGAAACAAACAGGCUAAAUUGGCAAUGGAAGAGAACCUGUUCUUCACAGAUAAGGUGAAAGUGUUAGAGAAUACUACGAUUCUUCUCGAAGAAGAGCUGCAAAAGAGGAAAAGCUUGGUUGAAAAUCUCAAUGCUCAAAUAGAUAGCAUUCAAAUCAAUUUGGAGAACAACAGGGAAGAAAAGAAAUUUCUUGAAGAGAAAACAAAAGAAAUGGGUAAAUUAGUCGAAUCUUUAGAAGAAAAGGUUGCACUUCUCAAUUCUGACAGUAAAGAGAAAGCAACCACUCUUCAAACUCUCACCUCUGUGCUCGCAGCAACAGAAUCGGAACUUAAGGAAUCGAAUUUGACGAACCAACGCAUCAAAUCCGAACUAGCCGAGUUGAAUUCGGAAUCCAGAAGAUUACAGGACGAACUCGCGAGAAGUGAAAGAGAAAUCGAGCUGAAGAACACUGCAAAUGAGAGUUUGAAUUCUCAAAUCCAUUCCUUACUUGUCGAACGAGAAAAUGCUAUCGAGAGACUCGAUUCCAUUCAGAAGCAAUACAAUAUCCUUGAGUCAUCUUCCAUCGAGAAAGCUGCUGCAGACGCCAAACUGUUAGCAGAGAAAGAUAUCGAAAUCGAGACGCUUAAGAAAGAUGUGAAUCUCAUUUCGAACCAAGUGAUGCAAAACGAAGCCGAAAUGGCCAGUUUGAAGCGAGAAAUAGCCGGGCUGAGAGAAAUGCUGGAUUUCGAGAUGAAAAAUGUAAAGAAUUUGAAACGCGAGCUUGAAAUCACUGAAGGAAUUCUCGAGAAUUCGAGAAGGGAGGUUUCCGAUGCGACGAAUGAACUCCGCCUGUCCGAAAAGCUUCGCUCUGAUCUUGAGGCGGAGCUGUCUAAGGUUCGAGUCGAGUUUUCCGAAUCCAAGAAUGUUCUAGAAAGGAAUCUCGAAUCGGCCAAACAAAGGUUGGAAGUUUUAUCGGCUGAGCUCGAAUCGGCCAAUGAGGCUCUUAAGAAAACGCAAGACGAUAUUAAGACGAAGUCAGAUCAACUCGAAUCCUCGGUUGAAGACCGGGAUAGCCUACAGAAGGAACUAGUGGACGUGUAUAAGAAAAUAGAGAAAACAUCGAACGAGCUAAAAGAAGAAAGGAGCGCAGUCGAGUCCUUGAGUAAAGAGAAACGGGCGUUGGAGAAUCAGUUUACGGAAGACAGGGAAUCGAGAAGGCUUCUCGAAGCAGAUUUGGAGGAAGCUACGAGGUCUCUUGAUGAGAUGAACGGGAAGGCAAUGAUGCUUUCGAAAGAUCUAGAGAUGGCGAAUAUUCACUUGUCGAGGCUCGAGAUUGAGAAGGAAACGCUGUAUAAGUCCCUGGAGGAACAGAGGAAGGUGUAUAACGAAGCGCAAGAGAAUAUUGAAGAUGCUCAUAGUGUUGUGAUUAGGCUGGGAUCGGAAAAGGAGAAUUUGGAGAACAGGUCGAAGAAACUUGAAGAGGAAUUGGCGUCUGCGAAAGGUGAGAUUUUGCGUUUGAGAAGCCUUGGGAAUUCGUCGGAUGACAAUGGGGGAGUUCAGGUAAAGAAGACUACUAGGAGGAGAAAGGUAAAUGUUCCAACUGAUGAUUCAUAAGAUUUCGGCUUCUUUUUUGCCAAGUAUUCUUUCUGCAUAUUGUGAAGAAUUUGUAUGUAAUAUAAGGAAGUGGAGUUUUGACAUAUAGACCCCUCCUUCCAUUGAUGAGGAGUGUAUUGUUUGAUAAGGAGAGAGUUGUCAUUCAUCUUUACCAU